CCUCCAUCGUACGAAGUUAAACAAUCAAGUCUCAUUGUUACAUAAGGGAGUGUCUUCUGCCUUCAAACAUUCAACAUUAUUUUUUUCCCCAGGCAGAACCUCGUUCCUCUUAUACAAACUCUCGCCCUUGGUUUUUGUCUUCAAUUCCUCAGCCAGCAGCACAAGGAUCAAGGAUUUUGUCUGAGGAUAUGAAAUUUGACUGAAAUUAAUGGUGGUGUGAGAGAGAGAAAGAAAAGGAGGUAGCUAGGACUAGGAGGAAGAGGAGCAAGAAGUGACUACUAUGGCAUCUUCAAAUUCACCAUGUGCAGCAUGCAAGUUCUUGCGUCGCAAAUGCCAACCCGAGUGUGCAUUUGCACCCUACUUCCCCCCUGACCAGCCUCAAAAGUUCGCAAACGUUCAUAGAAUUUUUGGGGCAAGCAAUGUCACAAAGCUUCUCAACGACUUGCACCCUCACCAACGUGAAGACGCCGUCAAUUCCCUCGCUUAUGAAGCUGAAAUGAGGCUCCGUGACCCUGUCUAUGGUUGUGUAGGAGUCAUAUCCCUCCUACAACACCAACUUCGCCAGCUUCAAAUGGACCUCUAUUGUGCCAAAUCCGAGCUCUCUAGGUACCAAAACUUGAGCAUCACCACCAACCAUGGCCUCAUAGCGUCCGAGUCGGCGGCCACGGCCUGCCACCAUCACCAGAACACGUCUACUGGUGGUGGCUUCGGCCGUGACCACCACUACCACUAUCAUCACCACCAAUUCUUCCCUAGGGAACAACAAGUGGUGAGAGGCUUUGAUGGAGGGAGCAACUAUGAUGCCAGUCUCUUGGCCAUGAACAUAUCCGCCAGCUUAGGGCAACUCAACCAGCUUCAGCAUCAGAGUGCUGCUGGCGGGGGCGAUGACCGCCACACUUCCAACCGCACCUAGGGUUUCAUGGGGUGACAUAUUUAAUGCAAUAGGUAAUUAAUUAGUUGAAUUAAACCUAAACCUCUCUCUUCCUCUUUUUCAGCUAUAAUGCUUCAUUUAAUUGUGGUUUGUUAAUUAUCAUGGUCACUCAUAUUCACAUAAAUGCAUAUUUUGUCACUCACAAUCAUGUAUAAAUUUGGACUCAUAACGUUGCCAGAUUCAUCAAUUCUAUACAUAUAAUG